AUGAGUGUGAUAGGGUUUGAUAUUGGAAAUGAGAAUUGUGUUAUUGCUGUAGUGAAGCAAGGUGGGGUUGACAUUUUGUUGAACGAUGAAUCGAACCGGGAAACCCCUGCUGUUGUUUGCUUCGGAGAGAAGCAACGGUUUUUAGGGUCCACCGGUGCUGCUUCUGCUUUGAUGCAUCCGAAAUCGACGGUAUCUCAAGUCAAGAGACUAAUAGGAAGGAGGUUUGAUGACCCGGAUGUUCAAAAUGAUCUAAAAUUGCUUCUGGUUGAAACUUCUGAAGGUCCGGAUGGUGGCAUUUUGAUUCACUUGAAGUACUUGAAGGAGACUCAUAAGUUUACGCCAGUUCAAAUAUUAGCGAUGCUUUUUGCUCAUUUGAAGACUAUUGCGGAACAUGAUUUGGGGACCGGUGUUUCGGAUUGUGUUAUUGGAGUUCCGUCGUAUUUUACUGACUUGCAGAGACGGGCAUAUCUUGAUGCGGCAACGAUUGCUGGGUUGAAGCCUGUGAGGUUGCUUCAUGAUUGCACUGCAACUGGUCUUGGUUAUGGUGUUUACAAAACCGAUUUCCCCCAUGGAGAUCCAAUUAACGUCGCGUUUAUUGAUAUAGGUCAUUGCGACACUCAGGUAUCUAUUGCGUCAUUUCAGGCUGGGAAAAUGAAGAUACUUUCUCAUGCUUUUGAUACGCGCUUAGGAGGUAGAGAUUUUGAUGAGGUUCUAUUUAGACAUUUUGCGGAAAAAUUUAAGGAACAGUACAAGAUCGAUGUGUAUUCUAAUGCUAGAGCAUGUAAUAGGCUGCGUGCAGCGUGCGAGAAGUUAAAGAAAGUUUUGAGUGCAAAUUUAGAGGCACCUCUUAACAUUGAGUGUUUGAUGGAUGAAAAAGAUGUUAGUGGAUUUAUCAAGAGGGAAGAAUUCGAGAGUCUUGCAUCAGGAUUAUUGGAGAGAAUUUGUAUUCCUUGCAACGAGGCGUUGGCUAACGCUGGCUUAACUGUCGAUAAGAUUUAUUGCGUUGAGUUAGUUGGUUCAGGUUCAAGAAUUCCAGCUAUCACUAAAUUAUUAACUUCGUUAUUUAAGAGAGAACUCAGCCGAACACUGAAUGCAAGUGAGUGUGUGGCUCGUGGUUGUGCUCUUCAGUGUGCAAUGCUUAGUCCUGUCUUCCGCGUUAAAGAAUACGAGGUCCAGGAUUCUAUUCCAUUCGCUAUUGGCCUUUCCUCGGAUGAAGGUCUAACUUGCGCAAAACCAAAUGCGGUACUUUUCCCAAAAGGCCAACCCAUUCCAAGUUCUAAAACUCUUACAUUUCAGGGCAGUGAUUUGGUCCGUUUGGAAGCAUUCUAUGCUAAUCCAGACGAAGGGCCAAAGGGGACAUCUCCUAAAAUCGGUUGCUUCACGAUUGGUCCUUUCCAUGGAUCCAGUGGAAAUAAAGCGGAAUUUGAAGUUACAAUUCAACUAAAUUUGCAUGGCAUUCUCAAUAUCGAAUCAUCUACAUUGAUCAAGGAUCAUGUGGAAGAUUCUGUUACACCACAUGAUCAUCAUUCAAAUUCGGAAGCAAUGAAUGUUGAACCCGUUUCGGAGAAAGGUCAAAAUGUCAAUGAACCUAAGAAGUGUGAAUCUCCACAUAGUUCUUCUGAUGGUACGGAAAAAGUUAAAGCCGACAAAAGGGUUCAUGUACCAGUGAGUGAGAGCAUCUAUGGUGGAAUGACGAAUGCUGAAAUCACGGAAGCACAAGAAAAAGAACACCAAUUAACCGAGCAGGAUAAAACAAUGGAGUUAACCAAAAACAAGAGGAACUCUUUGGAGUCUUACGUCUAUGAUAUGAGGAAUAAGCUUUUCAACGUAUACCGUAAGUUUUCAAACGAGGAAGAGAGGGAUGACGUAACUAGGAACCUGCAAGAGACUGAGGAAUGGCUUUAUGGUGAAGGCGAUGAUGAAACAGUAAAUGCAUAUUCUGCAAAGCUGGCAGAUCUAAAACAGCUGGUGGAUCCAAUCGAGAGCCGGUGCCGAGACGAAGAAGAAAGAGCGCAAGCUACAAGAGAUUUAUUAGGUUGCAUUGUCGAGCAUCGCCUGUCUGCAGAUUCUCUUCCGCCUCAAAGUAAAGAACUGAUCAUCAAUGAAUGCAAUAAAGCAGAACAGUGGCUACGAGAAAAGAUGCAUCAGCAAGACACUUUGCCUAAGAGCUCUGAUCCAGUAUUUUGGUCAAGUGACAUUAGUAACAAGGCACAAGAUUUAAACUUAAUAUGUCAGCAGAUAUCGAGAUCACCAUUUCCAGAAGACAAAGAGGAAGAGGAAAAGGAAGAUGAGAAGAGUACUUCUUAG